AUUUUGGUGGCCGGGGUCCGAAACGAAAACCCAUUCCAUUCGCGUGGAACCGUUUCCGGAGGCGAUGGACUACGAGCGGCGCCUCCUCCUCGCGGCGAACCUCGUCCUUUCCAGCGACCGCAGCUACGAGCCUCCUCCGGAGCCAUACGAGCUAGGCAUCACGGCUGUCCUCAAGCCGCACCAAAUCGAAGGCCUUUCCUGGCUCAUCCGCCGCUACCACCUCGGCGUCAACGUCGUGCUCGGAGACGAGAUGGGUCUUGGCAAGACUUUACAAGCUAUUUCUUUCUUAAGCUAUCUGAAGGCACAAUCAUUAUCAUGUGGCCCCUUCUUGGUUAUGUGUCCGCUAAGUGUUACAGAUGGUUGGAUGUCAGAGUUUAGCAAAUUUUGUUCGACCCUUAGAGUUAUCCUUUAUGUCGGUGACAAGAAACAUCGUCACAACCUUCGGAAUUCAAUGCAUGAAACUUUGCAGAGGCAGUCCUCAUCAUCUAAUGAGUUACCUUUUGAUGUUCUUUUGACAACAUAUGAUAUAACCUUACUGGAUCAGGAUUUUCUUUCUCAAAUUCCUUGGGAUUAUGCUGUGAUUGAUGAAGCUCAGCGGUUGAAGAAUCCUUCUAGUGUUUUGUAUAAUGUACUUGAGCAUAAUUUUGUUAUGCCAAGACGCUUGUUGUUGACGGGCACACCAAUUCAAAACAAUCUUUCAGAACUUUGGGCUCUGAUGCACUUUUGCAUGCCUUCUAUUUUCGGGACUUCAGACCAAUUUAUUUCAACAUUCAAGGAAGCUGGAAGUUCUUCAGCAGGUACUGAAUCAUAUUCAGUAAAAAGGCAAUUCAGGAUUCUUAGAUACAUAUUGAAUGCAUUUAUGCUCCGAAGGACAAAAGCAUUACUUGUUGAAAGAGGGACUCUUACUUUGCCUUCUGUUACUGAGAUGACAGUGAUGGCACCUCUCAUCCCUUUGCAAAGGAAGGUGUACAUGUCAAUAUUGAGGAAGGAACUUCAGACACUUCUCUCACUUUCACUAGGAAGUACUAGCAAUCAGUCUUUGCAGAAUAUAGUAAUGCAACUUAGGAAAACGUGUAGUCAUCCGUAUCUCUUUUCUGGCAUUGAACCAGAGCCAUAUGAAGAAGGUGAACAUCUGAUUCAGGCUAGUGGGAAGCUUAUUAUUCUAGACCUGCUUCUCCUGAAACUCCAUAAAUUUGGACAUCGAGUUCUGUUGUUUGCUCAGAUGACUCGAACUCUUGACAUUCUACAGGACUUCAUGGAAUUGCGCAAGUAUUCUUAUGAGCGGCUUGAUGGAUCUGUACGUUCUGAGGAGAGAUUUGCUGCUAUAAGGAGCUUUAGUUACCAAGCAUCCAAAGAUGACUUGAAUAAUCAAGUUAAUCAUGAUGUUCCGUUUGUUUUUAUGAUCUCAACUAGAGCUGGGGGAGUUGGUCUUAAUCUCAUAGCCGCUGAUACUGUAAUAUUUUAUGAGCAAGACUGGAAUCCUCAAGUAGACAAGCAGGCAUUGCAGCGUGCCCAUCGCAUUGGUCAAAUGAAGCAUGUGCUUGCCAUAAAUCUAGUAACACAACAUACUAUUGAAGAGGCAAUUAUGAGGAGAGCAGAGAGAAAACUUUGGCUAAGUAGUAAUGUAGUCCAGCAACAAGAUGAAGUAUAUGGCACAGGAAAGGAUAUUGUAGCUGAAGAGGGUGACAUGAAGUCUCUCAUUAUAGGCUUACACAUGUUUGAUCCCACAGAUAUGAACAAGGACUCCAUUGAUGCGAAUAGUAUGGUUGAACUCAAUAAUAUGACUGACAAAGUGGUUGAAAUGCGUUUUCAUGAGAUACCAGAAAAGGAUGUUCGUAAAUUUGAAAUUAAUAAAAAGGAGAUUUUGAAAAGCCAUGAUAAGUUAGUUAACUCUUCUGAAUCUUCUGCUUUUGAUUUUAGAGUUGACGAGGCUUCAUAUAUGUCUUGGGUUCAGAAAUUUAAAGAUGCUUCACUUUCUGAAGAAUCUUUAAAUUUGGAGCAGGGGAAGAGGAGGCAUCUGCCAGAAGAGUAUCAACAGAAACGUGAAGCUGACAAGAAAAAAGCAGAGGAGAAACAGUUGGGAAGAUGGGAGGCACUUGGUUAUAAGACAUUAGCUGUUGAAGAGCCCAAUAUGUUAGUAGAAAAUAGUGUUUUGUCUGAUCAAGGGGCUGUCCAGUUUGUAUAUGGAGAUUGCACUAACCCAUCAAAAGUCUGCCAAUCAGAGCCUGCAAUAAUUUUUAGCUGUGUUGACAACUCAGGGAACUGGGGACAUGGUGGAAUGUUCAAUUCGCUUGCUAAUCUUUCAUCAUACAUCCCAGAUGCUUACCACCGUGCUUUUGAAUGUGGUGACCUGCAUAUGGGGGAUUUACACUUAAUAAAGUUGAAUGCUUCCAGUGGUGAUGAAAGCAUUGUCCAACAUUGCCCUAUGUGGGUUGCCCUUGCUGUGGUUCAAUCUUAUAAUCCAAGAAGGAAAGUUCCUAGGAGUAACAUCUCUAUGUCUGAUCUUGAAGGGUGCUUGUCUAAGGCAUCAUUUGCAGCUGCUCAAAAUUCAGCCUCUAUUCAUAUGCCACGAAUUGGUUACCAAGAUGGAUCUCAACACUCUGAAUGGUACACGAUGGAACGCCUUCUACGGAAAUACGCUUCAAUGCAUGGCAUCAAUAUCUAUGUAUAUUAUUACCGUCGCCCAUCGAGAGAUCAAUAAGGGAUGGCUAAAUUUUUGGUGAGUCUCCAGAUGUAAACUAGUUUUGUGAAGGCAAAUGCUGAUCACUAAUUUUGUUGUUCUUUACGUAUGUAGUUGGGUGAACGUGUGUUUAAAAGUUGAAGUAGGGCUGGGCUGUUCACUUAACAUGCCUGACCUGGAACUAGAAAAGACUGUUAACUGCCUUUAUAUAUUAGCUACUUGACUUUAUAUGGUUCAAA